AAGACGGAAACAAGGUUUUUUAAAAAACCCCUCCGCUUUCUUUACACUCUCUGCCGGCCAUCGCAAUUUGUCUCCUCUUACUCAUUCUACCUAACUCUUUCUCUCUCCUCUCUUUCUCUCUCUAUACAUGCGCAUAUAUAAUAGUAUUAUAUCUACAAUGCCUAUCUCCAAUUUAAGCCUCUUCAAGACGACCAGUGUUGUUGCUCCCAACUCAUCGAAUCUUCAACCAUGGAUUCUCCAUUUCCCGCCAAAUUUUCUACAUUCUUCUUCUUCAUCAUUGUCCUCGGUCUCUGUAUGUUCUCGGCGGCUCAAUCGUCGACCACCGGAGUCGGCUACAUUUCGCGCCUCCUCGAAAUUCAGGAUCGGGAGAGAGCUCCUCCUACAGUCCAAUUAGCCGCUGCUCGGGCCGUCCUUAAUCGGCUCAUGCCUUCGCAUUCGUUCAGCUUCGAGUUUCAAAUCGUCUCCAAGGAGCAUUGUGGUGGAGAAUAUUGCUUUAUUUUAAGCAACCAUCAUUCUUCCAAUGAGAGUGGUGCUACAGAAAUAUUAAUAAGUGGGGUUACUGGAGUGGAGCUCUUGGCUGGUCUACACUGGUACUUGAAGUAUUGGUGUGGUGCUCAUAUAUCAUGGGAUAAGACUGGUGGUGUACAACUAGUUUCAGUUCCUAAGGCAGGUUCUCUCCCUCGUGUUCAAGAUGCUGGAAUUUUUAUUCAAAGACCUGUUCCUUGGAACUAUUACCAGAAUGCUGUUACAUCUAGCUACACUUUUGCUUGGUGGGACUGGGAAAGAUGGGAGAAGGAGAUUGAUUGGAUGGCUAUCCAAGGUAUUAAUUUGCCUCUAGCAUUCACUGGGCAAGAGGCUAUUUGGCAAAAAGUUUUCCAGAAUUUCAACAUCAGCAGUUCAGAUUUGAACGAUUUCUUUGGAGGCCCAGCAUUUCUUGCAUGGUCACGAAUGGGAAAUUUACAUGGAUGGGGUGGACCACUUCCGCAAAGUUGGUUAGAUCAACAACUGAUCCUGCAGAAGAAAAUUCUUGGCAGAAUGUAUGAACUUGGAAUGACACCAGUCCUUCCAGCCUUUUCUGGAAAUGUUCCAGCAGCACUGAAAUGUAUGUUUCCAUCUGCCAGAAUAACACGCCUAGGAAAUUGGUUUACUGUUGGGGAUGAUCCUAGAUGGUGCUGCACUUAUCUUCUUGAUGCAACUGAUCCAUUGUUCACUGAAAUCGGGAAGGCAUUCAUUGAGCAACAACUUAAAGAAUACGGCAGGAGUGGCCACAUAUACAACUGCGAUACUUUUGAUGAGAACACUCCGCCUGCAGACGACCCAGGAUAUAUCUCUUCAUUAGGUUCUGCAAUUUUUAAGGGGAUGCAAAGUGGCGAUAGUGAUGCUGUUUGGCUUAUGCAGGGAUGGCUUUUUUCAUAUGAUCCAUUUUGGAGGCCUCCACAAAUGAAGGCACUUCUACAUUCUGUUCCAGUGGGAAGACUUGUUGUCCUUGAUCUGUUUGCCGAAGUGAAACCCUUAUGGAGUACUUCAGAGCAGUUCUAUGGUGUUCCUUACAUCUGGUGUAUGCUGCACAAUUUCGCUGGGAAUGUUGAGAUGUAUGGGAUUUUAGAUGCGAUAGCAUCUGGACCUGUUGAAGCUCGUACAAGUAAAAACUCAACUAUGGUUGGUGUUGGAAUGUCAAUGGAGGGUAUUGAACAGAAUCCGAUUGUUUAUGAUCUUAUGUCAGAAAUGGCAUUUCAACAUAACAACAUUGAUGUGAAGACAUGGCUUGAUCAAUAUUCAGGAAGACGCUACGGGAGAUCUGUUAGAACAGUGCAAGAUGCCUGGAGUAUAUUAUAUCACACGGUUUACAAUUGCACAGAUGGUUCCUAUGAUAAAAACAGGGACGUAAUUGUGGCAUUCCCAGAUGUUGAUCCAUCUUUUGUUUGGAUUCCGCAAGUUUCCAUAAAUGCAAGAUAUCACCACCAUAGAAAUCCUGUAUCAAGGAGGGUUUUCCUAAAAGAAACUACUGACUCCUUCGAUCAACCUCAUCUCUGGUAUUCAACUUCAGAAGUGAUACGUGCCCUGGAGCUUUUCAUUGCAAGUGGAGAUGAACUAUCAGGAAGUAGCACUUACAGGUAUGACCUUGUUGACCUGACAAGACAAGCUCUAGCAAAAUUCGCAAACCAAUUGUUUUUAGAUGUUGUAGAAGCCUACAAGUUAGGUGAUAUCCGUGGAGUUGCUCGCCACAGCCAUAGGUUUCUAGACCUUGUGGAAGACAUGGACACACUUUUAGCUUGCCAUGAUGGAUUUCUUCUAGGACCUUGGUUAGAAAGUGCAAAGCAACUUGCUCAAGAUGAAGAACAGAAAAAACAGUUUGAGUGGAAUGCAAGAACUCAAAUAACCAUGUGGUUUGACAACACGGAGGAGGAGGCGAGUCUGCUUCGUGACUAUGGAAACAAGUACUGGAGUGGGCUUUUACGAGAUUACUAUGGCCCCCGAGCAGCUAUAUACUUCAAAUUUCUAAUGGAAAGUCUAGAGAAGGGUGAUGGUUUUCGAUUGAAAGAUUGGAGGAGGGAGUGGAUUAAGCUUACAAAUGACUGGCAAAAUAGUAGGAAUGUCUUCCCAGUGGAGAGCAAUGGAGAUGCUCUUUACACGUCCCAGUGGCUUUACAACAAAUACUUGCGAUCUGAUACAUACGAUCACUAAAUGAAGCUUCCGUUGUGCAGAUGAAGUCUCAGACUCCCAGGUAUGCAAUCAUAUGAAUUUCUCAGCAGAAUGAGAAAUCUGUAAAGCUGGUUUUCAAAGCUAAAACAAGUUUCGUAUUACGAAUUGUGUUCUCUC